AUGGAGACGCUGAAAGACAAGACCCUGCAGGAGCUGGAGGAGAUGCAGAACGACCCGGAGGCCAUCGACCGGCUGGCCCAGGAGGCCCCGGAGGUCCAGGACCUGCAGCUGGAGCGGGAGAUGGCGCUGGCCACCAACCGCAGCCUGGCCGAGCGGAACCUGGAGUUCCAAGGGCCCCUGGAGAUCAGCCGCUCCAACCUCUCGGACAAGUACCAGGAGCUGCGGAAGCUCGUGGAGCGGUGCCAGGAGCAGAAGGCCAAGCUGGAGAAAUUCUCGGGGGCGCUGCAGCCGGGGGCCUUGUUAGACCUGCUGCAGAUCGAAGGCAUGAAGAUCGAAGAGGAGUCUGAGGCCAUGGCUGAGAAGUUCCUGGAGGGCGAGGUGCCCUUGGAGACGUUCCUAGAGGACUUUGCGGCCAUGCGGAGGCUGUCGCACCUGCGCCGGGUCCGUGUGGAGAAGCUCCAGGACGUGGUGAGGAAGCCCAGAGCUUCCCAGGAGCCCGCGGGCGCCGGCACCCCUCCUCUCCGCCCGCCUCCCCCAUCUCGCCCGGCCCCCCAGGCGACCCCCCCUGCGGCCGAGGAGCAGCCACCCCCGGCCCCGCAGGCGGCAGGGCUGCCCCCCUACCCGCUGCCCUACAGCCCGUCUCCCGGCUUGCCCAUGGGCCCCACCGCCCAGGGCGCGCUGCCACCGGCGCCCUUCCCCGUCAUGUCCCAGCCCUCCUUCUCCUACAGCGGGCCCCUGGGCCCCCCUUUCCCGUCAGCCCAGCCGGGGCCCCGGGCUGCGGGGGGCUACUCUUGGUCCCCGCAGCGGAGCACACCACCCCGGCCUGGCUAUCCCGCGUCCGCCCCCGGUGCCUCUGGCCCCGGGUACCCCUUGGCGGGCGGCCGGACUCGCAGUCCUGGCUAUCCUCAACAGCCCUCCUACCCCGCGGCGGGAGGAAAACCCCCUUACCCCACGCAGCCCCAGUUCCCCGCCUUCCCGGGCCAGCCCCAGCCCACAGGCCCCCCUCAGCCUCCCUACCCCCAAGGGCCGGCCCCUCCCUACGGCUUCCCGCCACCUCAGGGUCCUGCCUGGCCUAGGUAUUAG